CCAAAAUGAAAUAAAGAUCACAACUCUCUCGAUAAUCUCUGCUUGUUCUUCACAAACCGACAUUAGAUUAGCCCUCUAAAGCACCACCACGAUGAAGGCAUGGCAGUAUCAGGAAUAUGGCAGCGUUGAAGUCUUGAAACUGGCUACUGAUGUGGCGAUUCCUGAAAUCAAUAAUGAUCAGGUGUUGGUUAAGGUUGUUGCUGCUGCUCUUAACCCAGUCGAUUACAGAAGGAGGCUUGGACAGAUGAAGGCCGCCGAUCCGCCUCUUCCGGUUAUUCCAGGAUUAGAUGUCGCAGGGGUAGUUGUGAAAGUUGGAAGCGAGGUAAAAGGACUGAAAGAAGGAGACGAAGUAUAUGGAGAUGUAAACGAAAAAGCUCUGGAUAAACCUACAAAGUUAGGAACUUUAGCAGAAUACGUUGCUGUUGACGAGAAAUUGCUGGCUUUGAAACCUAAAAACAUGGAUUUUGUAGAAGCUGCUGCUCUUCCUCUUGCAAUUGAAACUGCAUAUGAAGGUCUAGAAAGGGCCAAUUUCAAAGAAGGUCAAUCAAUCCUUGUUCUUAAUGGUGCUGGUGGUGUUGGAUCCUUCAUAAUUCAGCUUGCAAAACAUGUGUUUGGGGCUUCGAAAAUAGCGGCCACAUCUAGUACUAAAAAACUGGAGUUACUUAAGAGUCUUGGCGCUGAUAUUGCCAUCGAUUACACCAAAGAGAAAUUCGAAGAACUCCCAGAUAAAUACGAUGUUGUCUACGAUGCAAUAGGGCAACCGGAGGAAGCUGUGAAAGCAGUUAAGGAAGGUGGUUGUGCGGUAUCCAUUACCGAUUUCGAAAAGCCUAUUCCACCACCCGGGUUCGGCUUCGUGCUCACAUCUAGUGGAUCCAUGUUAACAAAACUAAACCCUUACCUAGAAAGUGGAAAGGUGAAGCCAUUGCUAGACCCAAGAACUCCUUUCCCUUUUGAAAAGGUUAAGGAGGCUUUCACUUACCUUGAGAGUCAUAGGGCCACAGGAAAGAUAGUUAUUUAUCCGAUACCAUGAAUCUAGAAUGCUAAGACUUUGUUUUGUUUUACAUAACAUCAAUAAAUAAUUCGAAGCUUGUGUUUCGUCUUACGUAAUAUGAAUAAAUAAUUCUAAGA